UUAAUGAUAGACACACCCACUUCCCCUAUAACUAGUGGACUUCCCCUGUUUUUUGUCAUCACAGUAACUGCCAUCAAACAGGGAUAUGAAGACUGGCUGCGGCACAAAGCUGACAAUGAAGUGAACGGAGCACCUGUGUUUGUCGUGCGCAGUGGCAGUCUGGUCCAAACCCGAUCCAAGAAUAUCAGAGUGGGUGAUAUUGUGAGAGUAGCCAAAGAUGAGACGUUUCCUGCAGAUCUGGUGCUCUUAUCAUCAGAUCGGGUCGAGGGGACGUGCCACAUCACCACUACCAGCCUAGACGGAGAGACUAACCUGAAGACGCACUAUUCGGUGCCAGAAACGGCGGUGUCGCAGUCGGUGUCACGGCUGGAGUCUCUGCAGGCGGUGGUGGAGUGCCAGCAGCCCGAGGCAGACUUAUACAGGUUUGUCGGAAGAAUAACAGUAACUCAACAAGGAGAGGAGAUAGUCAGACCCUUAGGACCAGAGAACCUCCUGCUUCGAGGAGCAAGAUUAAAAAACACCAAAGAAAUCUUUGGUGUGGCGGUAUAUACUGGCAUGGAGUCCAAGAUGGCUCUGAACUACAAGUGCAAGUCCCAGAAACGCUCUGCAGUAGAGAAAUCCAUGAAUACAUUUCUCAUCAUUUACUUGGGCAUUCUGCUGUUUGAAGCCAUCCUCAGCACCAUUUUGAAGUACGCCUGGCAGGCAGAGAACAAAUGGGACGAGCCGUUUUACAAUCAGAAGACCGAUCAGGAGAGAAACAGCAGUCAGAUUUUGAAGUUUAUUUCUGACUUCCUGGCUUUCCUGGUGUUGUACAACUUCAUAAUCCCCAUCUCGCUGUACGUGACCGUUGAGUUGCAGAAGUUUCUGGGCUCUUUUUUCAUUGGCUGGGACUUGGAUCUGUACCAUGAAGAGAGCGACCAGAAGGCUCAAGUCAACACAUCAGACCUCAAUGAGGAGUUGGGACAGGUGGAGUACGUUUUCACAGACAAAACGGGAACCCUUACUGAGAACGAGAUGCAGUUUAGGGAGUGUUCUAUCAACGGUAUCAAAUACCAGGAGAUCAACGGGAAGCUUGUCCCUGAAGGAAUGACAGAAGACUCUCCAGAUGGAUCAGUGCCUUGUUUGAACAGGGAGGAGGAGUUGUUCCUGAAAGCCGUCUCACUGUGUCACACGGUGCAGAUCAGUUAUGAUCAAACGGAUGGGCCGGGAGACCCGUUCUCACAUGCCAAUGGCUUCUCUCCUCAGAUGGAGUAUUACGCCUCUUCUCCUGACGAGAAAGCACUAGUGGAAGCCACCAAGAGGAUGGGUGUCACAUUUAUAGGAAGCCAUGGAGAAAACAUGGAGAUUAAAACAUUUGGAAAAGCAGAGAAAUACAAACUCCUCCACGUUCUGGAGUUUGACGCAAACCGCAGAAGAAUGAGUGUGAUUCUGCAGAAGCCCUCAGGUGAAAAGGUGCUAUUCACGAAAGGAGCCGAAUCAGCCAUUCUGCCCUACACCACGAGUGGCGAGAUCGAUAAAACCAGAGUCCACGUGGAUGAGUUUGCUCUGAAGGGUUUGCGGACGUUAGUGGUGGCCUGCAGACACUUCAGUGCAGAUGAGUAUCAGGAAGUGGACCGGCGGCUCCAUGAAGCCAGAACGGCUCUGCAGCAGAGAGAGGAACGACUGGUCGAGGUCUUCAACUUCAUUGAGAAAGACCUGGAGCUGCUGGGAGCGACUGGGGUGGAGGACAAGCUGCAGGACAAGGUCCAGGAGACGAUUGAAGCUCUGCGACUGGCUGGAAUCAAGGUGUGGGUGUUGACCGGUGACAAGCAUGAGACGGCGGUUAGCGUGAGCCUCUCCUGCGGUCACUUCCACCGCACCAUGAACAUCCUGGAGCUCGUGCAGCAGAAAUCAGACAACGAGUGCGCCGAGCAGCUCCGCAGACUGGACCGGAGGAUCAAGGAGGAUCAUGUGAUCCAGCACGGGCUGGUGGUGGAUGGGGCCAGUCUGUCUCUGGCUCUGCGGGAGCAUGAGAAACUCUUCAUGGAGGUGUGUAAGAACUGCUCGGCGGUGCUCUGCUGCAGAAUGGCACCUCUCCAAAAAGCCAAGGUGGUGAGACUGUUAAAGACUUCUCCUGAGAAGCCUAUUACAUUAGCCAUUGGAGACGGAGCCAACGAUGUCAGUAUGAUCCAGGAGGCUCACAUUGGUAUUGGAAUCAUGGGCAAAGAGGGAAGACAAGCCGUGAGGAACAGCGACUAUGCAAUCGCGAGGUUCAAGUUCCUCGCCAAAUUGCUGCUUGUACACGGCCAUUUCUACUACAUUAGAAUAGCAACCCUUGUGCAGUACUUUUUCUACAAGAAUGUGUGCUUUAUCACUCCCCAGUUUUUAUACCAGUUCUUCUGUUUGUUCUCACAGCAAACUCUUUAUGACAGCGUGUAUCUGACGCUGUAUAAUAUCUGCUUCACCUCUCUGCCCAUACUGGUAUACAGUCUGUUUGAGCAGCUGGUGCAUCCACAUGUUCUGCAGAGCAAACCAGCACUUUACAGAGACAUCAGUAAAAAUUCCCUGCUGUCCUUCAAAACCUUUUUGUACUGGACCUUCCUGGGCUUCUGCCACGCCUUCGUCUUCUUCUUCGGCUCCUACAUCCUGAUGGGAGAAGACACCACGCUGAUGGGAAAUGGACAGAUGUUUGGAAACUGGACGUUUGGCACUUUAGUAUUCACUGUGAUGGUUAUUACGGUUACGCUGAAGCUGGCCAUAGAGACACAUUUCUGGACGUGGAUGAAUCACUUUGUCACAUGGGGCUCCAUCGCCUUCUACUUCAUCUUCUCCUUGUUUUAUGGCGGCAUCAUCUGGCCAUUUCUUCACACGCAGGACAUGUACUUCGUCUUUGUUCAGCUGCUGUCCAGCGGCUCGGCCUGGUUUGCCAUCAUCAUCAUCAUCCUCACCUGCCUGUUUCCAGACGUCAUCAAGAAGGUCUUCUACAGGCACCUGCAGCCGACCAGCACGCAGAAAUCUCAGAUCUUGGAGCGACUCGGACACCUUCUUCUCCAACGACCGGAGCAUCCUGACGCUCUCACCCAUGGAGGUCUCUCAUUGUUAAUGCACCAGCCCGAAAAGGAUCAGCUCGUAGAGUCUGGAGACGCCUGCCCUUUACCCUUUACCCUUUACCCCAUCCCCCUGCCCUUGUCCAGUCACCAGCCAGACUGUCACACUUUAAAAGCUCUGAGUAUCACAUCAUAUGUGAUCCGCAACAAGGGACAGGCAGUGGCUCCUGCAAAAACCAAAGGAUUUGUGUGUCUUGAGUUUCCGCUGCUAGUAAAUCCACGGAACUGUACGCGAAGGGCCGCCAUCUUUCCUGAGGAAAACGAGGGGGUCUGUUUGAAGCCAUAUUUCCCUCUUUUAAUUGCCUGAUUUUCAAGGUAUUAAAUGUGAGCGCCGUGUAGCGCUAGCUCACAAACCUGUAGCCUCCUACCCUAAGAUGCCUACCUGUACACACAGCCUGAGUUGUGGUUCGUACAGACAAUCAUGAUGCAAGAAUGUCACGAUAAGAGUUCUUGAUGGAAAACUUGCAUAUCCUUGAACUCGAUCACUUUAACCUCCAUCAGUCAUGUGCCUGCAUAUUAUUUCUCGUACAUGCUAUGUUGUCAUCUCUAACCAUUGUCACCGGUUAAUUUAUCAUUGUUGCCGUGUUCCUUGUUUUUCUGCUUGUGUUGCUAACCACUCGUCAAAGCUGUAUGAUUUUUUAUUUUUCGUUUGCGUGUGUAUGCGUGCGUGUAUUUAAUCGCAUACUAGGGCAUAGUCGAAGGAAAAGGUAUGAAAUUCAUCCUACAUGGGCCGUGGGUUAUUGUAAGGCCAGAGCAUUGAGACAACCGUUUUAAACUUGCUUAGAUCAACUAUAUUGAAGUUUAUGAUAUCAGACUGCAUGCUGCACUUGGGUCAAUCUGUCUCAAUAACCCUGUAACAGAGGCCUAAGUCAACUGGACCUAAAUGCUCCCGAUUUGAGGAGUCUAGUCUUGGGAUUUGUCUUUAUUUUUGCUGCAAAGGCUGUGACGCCCUGGAUCUCACAGGUAUCGGCUGAAAUCUGGUGCCGUGACCCGGGUGGCAGUUGGGAGUCAGAUUUUAUGAUGGAGUAUGGUUACGUUUUGAAUUGUGGAUUACUCUAUUUUGGUACUUCUUCUCUGUAGUCUUUAUUUGUAUAUCACUUUUUUCAUGUCAAUGUUCAAACCCAAAAUGACUCCUGACCGCUGAUCAUUACUAUUUCAGAUCUUGUGUUGAAAUCCAACGGCGGAAAUGUUUUGCUAUAUAAUGUAUUUUCUUGGAUUAUAUAGCAACGCAGUAUGCCACUUGUUACUCAGAGACAUUAGCAAUAAGACUCAAUCUAGACUGGAAAUACCUGAUCUAGCUUUGAUGUCAGUCAUCCAUGUUGCUUUUUUGUGUAAACAUGUUCUUCUAAUUGUACUCUCCUUACAGUGAACAUGUUUAAUUGCCGAUGUUUAUGAAAGUUCUAUUUACAGAAUAAAUACCUUUAUAAAA